UGUUAUGAGGCACCUGCUCUGCUACAUCGUGUGCUAAAUAUGUCAAUAUCUUUGCCGUUUCUGAAUAUUAUAAUACCGCGGUUUUUUUUUUUAAAUAUCUUGUUUUACAUCGCGUUGACGGGUAUUUCCCUAAAUAAGACAUGUCUAUUAAAAGCAAACCGUCAAAGUGAGACCUUUACACCAGAGCUUCUGCGUUUCACAACUACCCCGGCAGUGCCCCUCCACACCUCUACAGCAACUAUUGGUAAAAACUGCCCGCCUCUGUGCGCUCUACCCCCGCCACCCGAGCAGCGAUGCCACCCGGUGUUGUGACCGCGCCACGGAGCUCAUCAGCCGGCUGCUUCUGCGUCUGCUGCGGGGUGAAGAUGAGACCUUAUUUCACCGAGAACUCCGUGAUCUCUCAGGAGGCAAUUUAUCAGCUCAUCAGUGAAAGUUUCCUGACAGUUAAAGGAGCUGCUCUCUUCUUACCUCGAGGAAAUGGCUCCUCCCCUUCUUCUGCCUCUCGCUUCUCACAGCUGCGCAGCAAACAUGCAGGAGACAUCCAGCAGCAUCUACAAACCAUGUUCACUCUCCUCAGACCAGAGGACAACAUCAAACUGGCGGUUCGUUUGGAGAGUGCCCACCAUCAGCUCACCCGCUACAUGGUGGUAGUCUCAACCAUUGGUCGUCAGGACACGGAGGAGAGUGUGGUGCUGGGAAUGGAUUUCAGUCCUGUAGAUAGCUCAUGUUCUGUGGGGCUGGUUUUGCCCUUAUGGAGCGACACGUUGAUACACUUGGACGGAGAUGGGGGAUUCAGUGUGUCAACUGAUUACAGAGUGCAUGUAUUCAAGCCCGUUUCUGUGCAGGCCAUGUGGUCGGCCCUCCAGUCACUCCAUAAAGCAUGCGAGGUGGCUCGUUGUCACAACUAUUUCCCAGGUAGCUUGUUCCUCACAUGGGUCAGCUACUAUCAAAGCAGGGUCUCCUCCGAUCAGGUACGCAUCAACGAGUGGAACGUCAUGCAGGAUGUGCAGUCACACCGUGCCGAUUCGCCUGUGCUCUUCUCUGACAUACCUACAGAAAGAGAGCUGACAGAGCGUCAGAUCAAAACCAGUUUGCGGGAGAUCAUGAUGCAGAAAGACCUUGAGAAUGUCACCUGCAAAGAAAUCCGAACAGAGCUGGAAAUGCAUAUGACAUGCAACCUGCGAGAGUUCAAGGAGUUCAUCGACAAUGAGAUGAUAGUCAUUCUGGGCCAGAUGGACAGUCCUACGGAGAUCUUUGAUCACGUCUUCUUGGGAUCUGAGUGGAAUGCAUCCAAUUUGGAGGAGUUGCAGAAGAGCGGGGUUCAGUACAUCCUGAAUGUAACGAGGGAGAUUGAUAACUUCUUCCCUGGUGUGUUUGAGUACCACAACAUCCGUGUUUACGAUGAGGAGGCCACUGACCUGCUCGCUUAUUGGAAUGACACCUACAAGUUUAUAUCUAGAGCCAAGAAAGCCGGAUCCAAGUGCCUGGUGCACUGUAAAAUGGGUAUAAGUCGCUCUGCGGCCACAGUGAUCGCGUACGCCAUGAAGGAGCACGGCUGGGAUUUGAAAAAAGCCUUUGAUUACGUCAAGGAACGUCGAGCUGUGACCAAACCUAACCCCUCUUUUAUGAGACAGCUGGAAGAGUAUCAGGGCAUACUGCUGGCCAGCAAACAGAGGCACAACAAACUGUGGCGUUCUCACUCUGACAGCGACCUGUCUGAUCACCAUGAGCCACUGUCAAAAUCUUAUGCCCAACCACACAGCCUGGGUCACUCCGACCCCCAUAACCAGGCCAGCAGCACGCCUGGUCCCUCUGUGAAAGAACUGCUGGAAUCACUGGGAACUUUGGCCAGCACUGGCAAAUCAGCACAUUCCACUAGCCAACCUGAUACUGGCAUCCAGUCCAAUCAGCGCAGCUCUUCGUCCUCUGGGAGGGUGCCAGCUCUAUCAGGCGACGCUGAAUCUCGAAGCCUUGAGGCUGCUCAUUCUGCUGUAGUCCAGAUCAGCCGGAUGGACUCCCUUUGUCCCGAGUCCACAGCUGGCUCUGUGUCUCAGUUAUCUCCUCCGCUCUCCAACGGCUUAUGUGACUGUGUGGAGCAGCCCUCAUCCCCUCCUCUCUCCCACCCAAGGGCCGCCACUGUGGUGCCUGAGCUUCAAAAGACAGACAUGCUGACUGUUGCACAGAGUGUUUUAGUGGGCGAGCCUCACCACCUCCCCCUCUCCCCUGCUCCGUCCCCAACUCCAGCCUGCAUGGAUGAGGUUAUCAAACCACAAGUGUUGUCCUGCUCUCUGCCUGUCAUAAAACCGAUGCUAGUGUCAUUGCCUGAGCCCAUGACAACACAAACACCAAGCACACAACAGGCUGGACCCCAGUGUCUGUCUGCACCAGACUGUGACCAGCAGAUGUGUGGCUUGUCUUUGGAAGGUUGUGAUUUUAACAGCUACCCCGGUACCAUUCCACAAGACAACGAGGAGCUGUUCGGCCACAGUGCAGAUCACAUUAACUUUUUCAGUGCCAGGGAAAAGUUCAAGGGAAUGAGUCAAGAUGGUAAAACUCACUGUGCUGCAGUACAGCAGUCGCCCCAGCUGAAGAGUUGUGGCAAGGAACAGCAACCACUGCCUCAGGGGGUCUCCACUAGAGAGGGCAAGGAGGAGGAGAAAAAGGAAAUGACCGUCCCUGUGCCAGUCACAGGACUGAAGCCUGCAGUGCACACAGAGACUUCGCCUCUUGGCCCUCUUAGCCAACCAGAGCCUCCUCAGGGCCCAGAAGUCCAGGAAGUGGGGAAGUCGAGGCAGGAAAUAGAGGAUAGAGAUAUUUUAUCACAGAAGGAAGCUGAGGACGUUAAAGAGGAAGUGAAAAACAAAGAAGAGGAGGCUCCUGCUGGUCUCUACAGUGAUUGGACGAGGGGGUCCGUGCGGCGUGUCACACGACAGCUGGAGCAAAGAAUGAAACAGGGGCAUGAGACUCCGUCACCCUCCUCAUCUCCACCGUCCCUCUCCAGCAGUUCCUCCUGCUCUCAGUGGCGUCCACCCAGCGUCCAUCUUACGGCAGUGUCUAAUCCCCAGGAUGCAUCAUUUUGCUCGCAGGUGUCAAUAGUUAGCAAUGUGCAGGAAGAACAACAGCAGCAGCAGCAGCAGGAGGAUGAUGGGAAGGUUGGACCAGUUAAAAGGGAAGGUGGUGAUGUAGUUAAGAUGGGGGCACUAGGAAAUAAUGACAGAAGCACAAAAGGACACAAACUCCAGCCUGCUGAUACUAGAUUGCUCUCUACCUCUUCUUCUUUCCACUGCUCUGCCCAUUCUCCCUUUGCCUCUGUGAACUUCCUGUGUUUGGAGGGCGUGACAGAGCUCGAGUCAGGCACAGACUGGGACUGCUCCCCAGAGGCACCCCAUAGCGACAUUAUCAUGAGGGAGACAUGGGAGACUUUGUGCGAGCUGGGUGCCUUCCUGCAGCAGGUGAGCAUGGGCGGAGCCAGCAAGGCCAGGUAUGUGGACCAGGUUUUUGGCCUCAGUGCCAGAACCACUCAGAAGCGAGGUAGCAGUGUCCAUAGGAGCGUCAGAGAGGUGGAAGCCAGGCUUCGCCAGGCAGGGCUGACCCCUCCAUCCCUGAUGAAGCGCUCAGCCUCUCUGGCCAAACUGGGCUGUCUGGAGCUGCUCGCCAAUGACCUGAGUGAGUGGGACCUCAGCCGCUCCACUGUAGCUCCGUCCUCAGCAGAACCUCCGACCCACGCAGUUAGCGAUGAGUCCAAGAAGCAGCGGGUCCACAAUUCUCCUUCCUCAGCUGGCCAGCAGUCAGAAGUCCUCGGGACUGGUGCAGAGAGGCUUUCUGAAGCUGGGGAAACCUCACCACCUCCACCAUCAAAUCAGAGUCCGGAGGGACGACAACUCCCCAACUCUGACCAAGAUUCUCUGCAUUUGCCUGGGCUGACACUUAUGCCAACAAGGCAGCAAUAUGGAAGGACUCACCCCCUGAGGCGGCUAAAGAAAAGAACUGCUAGUACUCUUUACCACACCAUGUAACCCUCACUGUGUGUGUGUGUGUGUGUGUGCGAGUGUGUGCUUGAGAGAGAGAGAGAGAGAGAGAGAGAGAGAGAGAGAGAGAGAGAGAGAGAGAGAGAGAGAGAGAG